AUGGACCUGUAUUAUCCCACUUUUGGGCUGAGCAACGCAGACUAUCGUAGCACCGUGAAGGAGUUCUACGCCUUCUGGGACAACUACUUCAGUACAAAGACGUUUGGUUAUGCCGAUGAUAUAAACCCCAUGGAUGCCCCUAAUAGAUACGUUCGCCGGCUAGUGGAGAAG